AGACUAACGGCUCAAUUUUGAAUUUGCAGCUAAUGACUUCUUCGUUGAAGCGUUCCCGCGUCGAAUGUGACCCGGACUCGAAGGUUUUAUUCAAGUCACGAAACGAGUGUUCUAUUAUAUCACGACGACAUGUUGCAAAGGUGCCACUAGGUUUGGCAAACCUAGGAAAUACUUGUUUUAUGAGUGCUGUGAUACAAGUUCUUUUUCACUUGAAAGAUUUUCGAAAACUUAUUUUAGUUGAAGAGAAUUGGAAAGUAUCUAGCAGGACGAAUAACUAUUCCUACAGUAUUGAGCAGGACUUAGCAAUUGCCAAGUCCUUAAGAAACGUGUUCCUCCAGCUAGAAACAGGUCGAGAAAGUAACGAAAAUCAAACUUAUAUUUCUCCGAUAAGUCUUCAUGCGUGCCUUAAAAAACAUGCCAAUGAACUCUUCAACUUUCAGCAACAAGAUGCUCAUGAGUUUCUGCGAUUUUUACUUGGAAGUAUUCAAAACUUGUUUGCCAGCAAGAAAGAGUCCAGUUUGACACUCAAAGAUAUAAACUCGGUUUCGAGCAGUGGUCAACAACCGAAGGAUCUUAUUGAAGCUUUGUUCGGGGGCUUAGUUGUAACCAAGACACGUUGCUUAGAGUGUGAAAAUGAAACUAGACACGAGGAGACAUUUAUGGACAUUAGCCUUCCAGUUCAUGGACGUCGUUCGAUAAGUUGGGCAAUUUCAGACUGCUGCAGAAGAGAAGUUUUAAUGGGAAACAACAAAUAUGCUUGUGACAACUGCUUAACAUAUACUGAGGCUGAAAAAUACUGGAGUUUUGUCGAACUACCUCCUCUUCUUAUAUUUCAUUUGAAACUCUUCUCAGAAAAUACAAGAAAAGUGAAUCAGGUCACUCCUUGUCCUCUCGAACUGAAGAUGACGAGAUGGUGUGAUUCCAAAGUCCAAAAUGGCUACGAUACUUAUCGAUUAUCCGCAAUUAUAGUUCAUCAAGGCUUUGGUCUAGGUGAAGGUCAUUAUUACGCAUUUGUUUCUUGUUACUUGACAGAUUAUGUACAUUGUUUUAAGCAUGAAAUUACAGAAGACAAUCCUAGUAGCCAUUGCUUUCCAUGGUAUUGCCUUAACGACACUGAAACAUUCAUUAUUUCGGAAUCGGACUUGAUGCAACGAUUAUUUGAGUGUCCUACUUGUGUAGAAACCCCGUAUCUUCUGUUUUACGUGAAGGAAACUUGAAAUGUGCAUAGGUAUGCAAACUGU